GACGACACAACACCGCGUUCAGCCGCUCUAGAACCCUAGCUCCCCGCCCCGCGAGAUGGCCACUGCCGACGGCGAGCCCCAGCCCGUGGCCACCGACCCCGCCCAGGUCCAGGCUCCGGCACCGGCACCGGCACCCUACCCUUCCCCGGCCAAGCGCAAGCCCGAGGCGGAUGUGGAAGCCGACGCCAACCUUGCGCCCCCUAAAGCCGCGCGUCCCGACGUCGACGAGGAGGCCGCCGCUGUGGCCGAGGCUGCCAGGGCCAGUGCUCGCGCGGCUGACAAGGGUAAGGGCAAGAUGGUAGUCGAGGAGGAGGAGGAGGAGGAGGAGGAGGAGGAAGACGACAGCGAGGAGAGCAGCGACGACGACGAGGGCGGCGGCGGCGGCAGCAGCGAUGACGACGAGCUCGUUGAAGACCCGAUGGCCGAGGUAGACCUCAGCAACAUCCUCCCCUCGCGGACCCGCCGCCGCGCCCCCCCGCAGCCCGGGGCGUACCUCGUCACUCCGGAGGAGGCUGCCGCGGAGGACGACGACGACGACGCUGACGUGGUUCCUGAGGAGGAUGAGGGAGCGGAGGGAGAGGAGAGCGAUUAAGGCUGCCUCGGCACGGACUCACUAGGAAUGAUGAAUGGUGGCUUUUGGUGCUGGGUAUCUGUACCAUCCUGUGCCUGGGGACCCUAGUAGAUGAACGUGCUUUCUGUUAGGUUUUGUUCGUGGAUAGCCUAAUCUUCAUUCGGCAAUCAUUAUGAGUUGUGCCUGUCACCAUGAUUUAUAUGGCAUCAGUAGUAGGGUGUUACUUGAGGGACACACGUUUAGUUCUAACUUUGUAGUAAGGCUUAGUAUCUGGUGAACGAUCAUGAUUGAACAGUUAACGGUUCGCCUCUGCGGCUCCAGACUUGCAGCUUCCAGCAGCUAUUGACCUUAUGCUUUUGAUGGCG